GGUGAUGAGGGGCAGGCAGCCCUGGCCAUUGUACAGGCAUCCCGGAAGGACUGUGGUGUGUACCAGUGCACCAUCGAGAAUGAGUAUGGCACCGACUCCACUGACUUCCUGCUCAGCGCAGAAGUGCUGUCGGGAUUUGUCUCCAGAGAAGAAAUUGAAGUUGGCGAGGAGAUCGAAAUGACCCCCAUGGUGUUCGCCAAGGGCCUGGCCGACUCAGGCUACUGGGGGGACAAGUUCUUUGGGCGUGUUGUGAGCGAGGACGUGGAGGUGGGUGCCGGCUUCCUGCGCAAAGCCUGGCGCGCCAGGACAAUCUACGGCCUGGAGCCCGUCUUCGAGUCCGGCCGGACCUGCAUCAUCAAAGUGCACAACCUCAUUGUCUUCGGGACCAAGAACGAGAACACGCUCAUCGAGAAGAACUACGACAUCACCAUCCAGGAGUGCAAAAUCCAGAACUCGAGCCGGGAGUACUGCAAGAUCUUUGCUGCUGAAGCACGGGCCAUCCCAGACUUCGGGGCAGUGCCCGAGAUCAUACCUCUGUAUCUCAUUUACCGACCUGCCAACACUGUCCCAUACGCCACCAUCGAGGAGGACCUGGUAGGGCCCUUUGAGCGGUACUGCGUGAAGGAGCGGGACGGCAGCCUGGCUGUGCAGAGCAGCUCAGAGAUCGCACAGAAAUGCUGUGCCUUCCAGCACUGGCUCUACCAGUGGACAAAUGGAAACAUCCUUGUGACGGACAUGGAAGGCGUUGGGUGGAGGAUCACAAACGUGAGGAUAGCUACAAAGCUGAAAGGGUACCAGGGGCUGAAGGAGAGCUGCUUCCCGGCCCUGCUGGACCAGUUUGCUGCUGCCCACCGGUGUAACCGCUAUUGUGAGAUCCUGGGCCUGAAGAGUCUGGAGAGCCUGCAGCAGCCAGCCAAGCCCAAGGGCUCCAAGAGCCCCUCCCUGGGCAGGAAAGCCCCCUCAGCCCAGUCCAGCCCCCAGCUGCAGAAGAAAGGCCUGGCAAGCCCCCAGGGCACCCGGAAGGGCGCCGUGAGCCCCAAAGCCUCCCGGAAAUCCACUGAAGCUGGGGAGGCCCAGCUGGCCCCGAAGCACAAAGCGCUGGAGAGCGACAGGUCCAGCCAGCUGCAGUAGUCAGAGCCUUGGUGCAGCCACGCAGGCAGCAUGCCGCCGUGCACACCUGGAAAGGGGACCCAGCCGCCGCUUCUUCCUGUGGCUCCCAGCAUGCCCCCCACGCUGCGCUCUGUGUGGUGUGCGAGUGAAGCAGUGACUAGGCUGGCGCCAGUGCGGGGGGGCCCUGGGUAGCCUAGUGGUCCGGAGCUGGCUCGGUGCAUGGCAGGGCCUGCACAGCCGCUGCAGGGAGCACGGCAGCUCAUCUCUGUUACCUUUUUAAAGCAACAGCUCAUCCAGGCCGGCCAGCCUGCCAAGAAGCCCAGCUGCCAGGGCCAUGCAGGCACCACAGUGCCCUGUGCAGAGGGUAUUGGGGCAGUGCGCCAGCCUGAUCACCAGGGAGCACUGGCCAUUGCCUAAUGGUGACCCUGAGGCUCGUUUUCCGAACCCCUCCUUUAGACUGUGCUGGCUUUUCUCUGGCCCUGCUCCAAUGCCUGGCCCUGGUGUUCUCUGCUGGCGACCCCUGGAGGAGAGUGAGCAGGCUGGUGCUCCUUUGUGUGCCACUAGGAAUGUGCCGCUCUACCCUGCCAGCCUUCAGCUGGCUACAGUGCACUGACCCUGCUCAGGCAUGUGUGCCACAAAGGCAUGGUAGCUCUUUGGUCCUCCCUGGCUCGCAGCACCUCCUGGUGUUUUCCUCCCAGUGGAAAUCCCUGACCUCAGGUUCCUCAUGGGCCGUACACAGGCCCUACUAACCUCUGCUGUAGCUUCCCUGAGCCUGGCUAGUUCAGCACCUCUCUCCAGUCCCACCCGAUGCCCAUUACCUACUCACUAAUCUGUACGGGGAGCAUGACUAGACAGUCUGCUUGGUCCCUCUUUGCCCCGUGGGGAUGGCCCUGUGUUUUCGGUGGUUCUCCGGGCCUGGAAAGUCUGGCAGCAUCCAGCCCUCGCUACAGAACCAUGUGGCAGAUUCUUCGUUUUCCCUGGUGCAAAGCAGUGCAAAGCCAAUCUUCCAAGUGUGUGUCUCUUGUUACUAAUACAGCAUUGUCCACCUGAGUCAUUGCCAGGGGCCUCUCAGCUGGGAGUGUUAACUUUGGGGUCUACCAGGUGCAAUUAAAAUGUCACCACUUAGUUCCCUGUCGACUAUUGUAGUGGAAGUGCUUGGGGUGUCUGCAUUGUAAUGUACCAAUCACAAUGGUAGGUGGGUGCCAGUCUUGCCAGCACAGAGGGGCAGGUGGUGGGAGGAACGCUGAGUUCAAACCUCCUGCUCCUCCGAAAGAGAGGAAGAGAGGCUUCUCGGGAGCUUGUUCAAGUUAGUGCAGCCUCAAGGCUGUUCUACCUCAUGCUGGGGGUGCCAGUUCAGCUCCCAGGCUCAGCGGUGGAAAGAUGGCACAUUCCCUAUCGCCCCUGUAUGCCAAGAGCUGCUCUGGUGCACCUGGGCAUCUAGCCCAGUAAUUUAGCAUUCGUCUGGUCUUAUCGCUCACCCCUUUGGAUCCAGGGAGGGUCUGAACCCACCUUCCCAGCUGCGCCGUGUCGGCUCUGCCCUGCCUCUACACACCCUCCCGCUCCUGGGAUCAACAAGCGAGCCCUUCCUUUGCCUCUCAGAGGCAGCCCCAGCCCUGCGUGCCUCUCACUCCCCAAGCCUGUAAGCCCUGCCCCCACAGGCCUCCAUUCUUCUGGUUUGUCUCUAGGUCUUGUGGCUUCAGUGCUGGCAUGUAGCUGCGCCAGGGGCAGGGAGCAAGAUGUGCCUGUGGCUUACGCUGCCAGACUUUGGCUCAGGCACAAGCUCUCUUGGCUACUGCCUCCCAGCCUGGCUGGCAACGGGGCUGUGGCCUUGUUUAAAGGGGCAGACAUGGGCCAUGUGCUCUCUUCUUGCUUCUUCAUGGCAGGGAUUGGGGGCCUGAGAAUGCCCUGUCUGCUGGUUCCAUUAGAAUGCAGGUCCUGUCUGGGCUAGGGAAGUGGUGAAGUGAGGGCAUCAUGGCCGCCGAGCAGCAGGGGCUUGUUUGCAUUAGCUAUUUGCCCUCAGGUUGGUUGGUUGCUUAUUGCCUGGAGGUGUCACUGCCACAGUGUUUGUGGCUCACCCCAGGGCUCGGCCUAGGCAAGCAGGUCACUGGAGGUGAAACUUUAGUGGAGACAAGCCCGUUCUGUGAGUGUGAGCCGCUGUUGGUUGGCUAGUGUGUUGGUAACAGUGUUAACGAGCCCGAAGCAGGGAAGGCUUCCCUGUAGUGACGGGGUUAUGGGCUCACAGCAGCCAGCCUGAGUCUUCCCAACAGCCGUGGCAGGGCAAAGCCUCACAGCGCAGAUACGGCCUCUGGCUGCUCCUGCAGGGAAAGCGCAAGCAGAGCCAACCUUGGAAACAAACCAGCUCCAACCCCGCCUUCUCCCGCACAAAGCUGCCAAAAGCCCAGGUUUGCAACCCCCCAUAGGCCUCAUCCUUGCCAGGAAAGGCCAGACGACAGGAGGGGAAGCCCUAGUGCAGACAUGGCUGAGGGUAGUUUUCACAUGACUUAUCUCGACCUGCUAUUUUGUAUGAAAGCUGCACGCUGCCUUGGCUGCUGUAGGGUUGAGUCUGGUUUGCUAACCUGCCUGCUCUCCUGCUCAGGUACUGCCAGCAGCUGACAUAAUACCCCAGCGCAGUAACAGGUGCAGCUGGAUUUCCUUCUUCCUCUUGAUCCCUGCUCGCGGGAGGACAGGGAGGGCUCACCUUUGGGCUGUGUUUUACGAGAGGGAAUAAACAGUAGCUCUCUUGCUGUGAAUGCCUAGCAGUGCCAAGGCACAGGGAGCAGUUUUUUCUGCUGUGUAGCUGGGGAGGUCAGUGCUGUACCCCCCACAGGUGCCCUUGCCUAGCUGCACUGCAGUUAAAGCUACCCCUGCCUUGUCUCCACUAGGAUCCCACAGGAGCUAGCUGGGGCCUGU